CUGUGCCAUUCAGCAAAUCUUGGGCAGAAACACCUUAAACAUUGAACGUUAAACAUUGCGGGCGGAGUUGCGGAUUAUUUAAUUUUUUGCGGGCGGAACGGAACAAAAAUUUGUUAUAAUCGAUUGGUGCAUUUGAAAUUAAAUAAAAAUAUACAAAAAUUAUUACAUUGGUUGCAUAAAAGUUUGUUGUUUUGCGGCCAAAGUUGCAUUUUGGCAAUUUCUGGGUACCGUCGCUAACCUAUGCGUGGCUAAUAGUUUCGCUGUGUUGCUUUUAAUUUUUUGCCUAUUCUGUGCAGUAAAUGUGUGUGUGUGUUUUUGCAGUGUUUUAUAAAAAUCGCUACGAAAAACUUAUGAGAUAAUUGUAGUAAAGUGGUGUGUGUUUGUUUGUGUAACUGAAAGAAAAAAAAAACAACAAAAACAAAAAUCUUAGAAUUUUCUAAGGCAGGCAUUACUCUGCGGAUUUUUUUGCAACAUUUGCUAAGCAGUUGUGAAACAUCUCUUCAAAUAUUGUGGAAUAUUCAUCUGUUGAAAAUAAGGCACGUGGCAGUCGAAAAAUUUCCCUCAACCAUAAAAAAAUGUUCUGAAGCCUCGGUAUCUUCCAAAGACAUCUGCUGAUGCAGCCUUCUGUAUACAACACACAAGGACAUCAGUUAUACAAAAAAUAAAUAAGGAAUCAAUUCAAUUGAAUGGCUAUCACCCCAACACAAUGUCCGCUUCCAACAAUCCAUUGGUGGCUGCUGCAAACAUAAUACCAUUGCCAUUAGCACAAAACCACAGCUACAGCCAUUCAAGCCAUUGUCGUCAAUAUCGUUGUGGUCGUUGUCAUACUUGUCCUUGUUUGUGAUUAUUGUUCUCUCGCCGCAAAAAUAAAUACUCCGAAAGUGAUUUAGAAACAAAAAUAAGAAGAAGAAACUAAGACUCCAAAGACUUUUAGCAAAGUUUUAUCAAGUGUUGUGCAAUUAUCAUACUUGGAGUACAUAAAGAAGAAGACGAAAAGCUAACCACAACACCAUCAUCUCUGUCAUACUUCAACUCAAUUUUAAUUGAUUUUUUUUUUUAUAUAAAUUAACAAAAGUGAAAAGAAGGAAAAAAAAAGUUUCCUUUUAAUUAUUUUAAUUUAAUCAAGCCGUUAUCCCCAUUCGCGUCACCACGCUUUCGCCUUGUAUACCCCCUUGCCCGUUGAGUGUGGGGUGUACUUUGGUGUGUGUAUUAAAUUAUCCUUUGACAAGAAGCCACAAGAAAAUUCUUCAACGCGUUUUAUAGGGCCUAAGUGCCCUUGGUUAUGGCCUUUAUGAUGAAAAAGAAAAAGUAUCGUUUCAAUGUCGAGGUCCAAUUGCAGGAAUUAGAAAAUGUGACUCUGGUCAAUGAGGUGCUAUUUGCAAAGAUACGUCUAUUGGAUGGCGGCUCCUUUCAGGAAUACAGUAGCAGGGAGGAGGUCCGCAAUCAUCGCGUAGAAUGGAAUCGCAGCUUCGAAUUUCCCUGCAAAAUGUCCGCGAAUGCGUCGACGGGUGUCCUCGAUCCCUGUUAUUUGCGCAUUUCCAUACGCAAAGAGAUGAAGGGUGGCCGUAGUUAUUAUAAAUUAGGUUUUAUUGAUCUAAAUCUUGCCGAAUAUGCUGGCGCUGGUUUAACCUCGCGACGAUUUCUCUUGGAGGGUUAUGACUCGAGGCAUCGUUUAGAUAAUUCCAUGUUAACUGUAUCCAUAAAAAUGCUUAUGUUAAGUGGUGACAUAGUAUUUAAGGCUCCUACACCAAAUUUAAAGAAUAAGCAGAAAACGCCCACAGAUGAUUUGGUCACCGAAUCAACGGGUGUGGGCCCACAAUCGCCAUCAUCUUCAACGCCCACAGUACCCGGUAUAGGGGUAACGACACGUCCCGUUUCUAGCAUAAAAGAUGAUGAUUCAGAUCCUCAACAUGUAAUAGCUUCCAUUAUAACGGACUCGGGUCAUUCGGAAUCAUCAGAAUCUGCCACUACUCUAACACCUGAUGCUGUGUUGUUGCAACAUCAUCAUCAUCAUCAACAGCAACAACAGCAGCAGCAUUUGCCAUCUUCCUACCCACCAUCAUCUGUGGCCACUCUAGUUCCCGGUGUCUCACUGACGAAUGCACAACAGACGUAUGGUGGCAUUGGUGGUACGGGUGGCAGUGGAGGUGGUGGUAGUGGCAUUGGUGGAGGCGGUGUAGGUGUUAGUGUCAGUGUUGGAGGUGUUGGUAUUAUUGGCAGCAAUAAUUGUGGCACCACGGCAUCGAUAAGUGGUCUAACAACAUCGGGUGCCACUGUUCCAGGCUUUGAGAUAGGCCAUUCAAGAAAUUCCAGUAAUACUAGUCAAAUGUCAAAAGGUUCCGGUUAUAGUAGUUUUUCGCACAGUCAGCAUUCUCGUCAAAGUUCUGAAGGUGACUCGGGGCAUGCAAGUAGAUUCAUCAAAUCCGUUUCUCUUCUGCAUAGACUCAAUCAGAGAGCUAUGAAUGCCAUGAGGUUGCACAUACCCAAUCUGAAAUAUCAUCACAAUCCCGCACCCGCUAGCUUGGGCUACCUGCAGGCACCACCCGAUGCUGGAUGUAAUCAUGGCGCCGGUUCGGCUCUGCAUGUGAUAAAUCUCGACGAGCAGGACGAGUUGGCCUUUCAGACGCCCAAUUGUUCGGUACGCGAUGAUUAUGCCUUAGAGGAUUUUCGCACGCCCCUCAAUGAAAUGCCCUCACCGCCUCCCCUAUCCGCCAAUUCGGUGUAUAGUAUGAAUUAUCUGAAUACCCCCUCGCCCACGUAUCGUAGUGUAAAUAGCAAUAGCCAAUAUGGCUCCCGCGAUUCCGAUCUCAAUGAAAGGGGUGUGGGAGACAGCGAAAGUGAGACGGCCGAUGAUUCAGGGCUGGAUGAGAAUUUUCAUACGCCACGAGUUGCCAAAAUCAAAUCGAUGGAGAAUCUUUCCAUAUUGGAAAUGGAAUUUCACAAAGCCUCCCAGGAAUUGGAUCGCAACUCGCCGCGACGCCUUAAGCUCUUGGCCGAAAGGGAAGGUCUGCAAAUGCCCAAAAUGAAGUCUUUGAAUAAUCUGUGCAUGGAUGACUAUUCGGAGGAGCAAGUGCGGGCGGAGUUUCAGCAGAUACGUGAACAGCGUCUGGAGGAGAAGUAUCGCUUUAAUUUGUAUCAUCGCAAAGGCUCGUGUUCCUCGACAAAUUCGGGAAAACUCUAUCUCAAACAUACCAAAGUGGGCAAUGCCAAAUUUAUAGGAAAUGAAAAUGAGAGCCCUUCGCCUCAGGUCACCCCAGCCGUCAUACAUUUUCCCAUACAGAAAAUGCGUUCCAUGGGCACCAUACCCGAUGUGGUAACGGAGCGCAUAGAGCCGGAUCCCUUUCUUACGCCUACUUCCGGUCGCAAACCCAAUUUCCCGCAGAUGACACAAUCGGCGGAGAAGGCUGCCUUGCCUGGCUAUGCAGCGGCCCGCCUGCUCAACUAUGAUUGUGUUGAUGGAGGUGGCACACCUCAGAAUCAUCAAUCUCACACCUCUCUCACCGAACUGAAUACCCAUGAUCGUUUGGGUAAAAUGAUGAUCUCCGCGGAUGGUUCGUUUAUGUCACGCACCCCGUUCGAGAGAGCCUAUCGUCGUACUUUAAUGAAAAGUUCAACGCCCUUUCGACAAUCAUUUGGUCUCCCUCAAUAUAUGCCAACCGAUCUGCCGACCGAAGCGGAGAGCCGACCCACGAACACCAAUCACAGUGCUGCCGCUGGUGUUUACGAGUUAAUGAGGAAUCCCAGUUCUGGAUCUUUAGUUAUAAGUGAAACUGGUUCAUUGGAUCGCAUGAAGAAUACCGCCGAAAAACGUAAAAAGGGUCCCUUGGAUGAUGGACCACGUGUCUCGGAUCGUGUGGAAGAGACAAGAGUUAAUCCGAAUUCAUUAAUUGAUGAGAUUUUGAAGGAUACAAAAUUGGAUCAAUUGGAAGAAUCGGCAGAGACUUCUGGCCUACAAUUGUAUAUAGCUAAAGAUGGCACCACAACCUUUGGUACACAUGAGGUGAAGUCUAGGGUAUCAGCAGGGGCUUUCAAACAGGUUGUCAUGGAGAAUCCAAGAUAGUAGCAUAAAUCUACUAUAAAGCUGCUUUGGUGGACACAAGACUUUUCUUUAAUUGUAAACCAACAACAACUACAACUAUUACUACUACAACAACAACAAAAAACUAUUAUUAUGAUGAUAAAAGUAACUACAAAAAAUUACUAUACUAUCACAUUGCUAUAAAAAUAAAAUUAAAUAAAAUAAUAGUAAUUUAUAAAUAAUAUAUAUAACAACAACAACAACAACAAAAUUAACUGAGAAAAGAAAAACAAAAAAAUAAACAGAUAAUGCAAAUACACCAUAGAUCAAUGUUUUACAUAUAAAGAAAUAGUUAAACAACAAUAAAAUAAUAAAUAGUUUACAAAAAUUACAAAACAAAACUAUUUUGGAAAACAAACAGACAGACAACUUAAAAGAAAGAGGAGGGAACUUUGUAUAAACAAACAAAAAAACGAAAAUAAUGUGGAAUACUUUUUGAAACUGAAACUAAAUUUUACCAUAACUACAACUAAAUUUCUUUAAUUAAACUCAAAAAAUUAAAAAACUAAGACUACAAAAGCUAUUCAAAUAAAUAAUCACAAUAUACCCCCAAAAUUUGACCAUAGGUAUCAUAAAAAUUCUUAAUAGAAAGUAGAAGUAAAAUUUACUGCAAACCAUUUUUUUUCACUGUGUAUGUGACAAAAUGUAUAAAAACCUAGUAAAUGGCAUAAUUUGCAUAAGACAAACGGAAAUGAGAAGAUUUUUUAAAUUUUGGAAAUCAGCAGCCGCAAUGUUUGCUGGGUUAUUUUGCAAAAAGUGAUAAUUUUGGGUAAAAAAAAUUGAAAAAACUUUAAAAUAGGAACACAAAGUCAAAACAAAUUUUCAUAACAUCCAUCUUAUGGCUAUUUUUUAAUAUAACAUCCCAAUAAGUUUGCUGGAUUAUUAAUAUUAUUUUAUAAGCCAAGUAAGUAAUAAGCAAGAGAGUUGUUCAGUGUAUGAACAAGAACCCAAAAAAUGGCAUGCAAAAGAUUCUUUAAAAUUUGUAGAAGUUAUAGUCUACUAAGUUUGCUGGGUUAUGUAAAAAACAUUUGAGUUUGAGACAACAAAAUGAAAAAAAAAAAAUUAGACAUUAUAUUUAAUUACGACAGAGAGCAAUUGUUUAAAUAAUUUUCUUUUUUUGUAACUAUCCGCCAUGUUUGCUGGGUUGUGUUAUGCCUUUUGACAACUAAAUUGUGGCAAAAACAAUUCAAAAGAAUGUUAUAACGUCAGAAGCAAGACAUCUGUGGCAUUUCAAGUUUGAAAUUGAAAUGGUAAACUAUUGGCACGGAAGCUAUAAAAAUGUUGUACCAAUUUUGAAAAAAAGCUUAAAAAAUUUGUUCUAUAUUUUCCCCACUGAGUUUGCUGGGUUGUUUAAAAAUAAAGACUUUUACGCAGAAUUCGCAGACUAAUUUUAUUUAAUUCCAUUUUAUUUAAUUAAGACAUCUAUGGCGUUUUAAAAUAUUGAAAUUGAAAUGUCAAUGCAAAAAGUUUGCUGGGUUAUUUCGAAAAAAUUAAAAUUUUUGGUAAACAAUAGGGACAGAAGCUACAAAAAUGUUGAACCAACUUCGAAAAAUAAAUCAUAGUCAAGUUAUUGGAGUUAUUCUAUUAAUAUCCCACUUAGUUUGCUGGGUUAUUUAAGAAGGACGUUUUCACGCAGUACUCGCAGCCAAAAGAAGAAAAAAUAAUGGUUAAAUGCAGGAAAAGAAAAUAGUGACAAACCCUUGAAAAUCUUGAUUGAAAUAAGCAACCACUGAGUUUGUUGGGUUAUUUAAAAAUAUUCAAAGAUUUGCGUAAGAAAUGCAGAAAAAUUGGAAAUAUUUUCGUCAUAACAAACAAUUUAUUGGAGUUAUUCUAAUAAUUUCCCACUUAGUUUGCAGGGUUAUUAAGGAAACUAGACGUUAGAGCAUAGUGAACAUAGUGGUUUUCGAUUAUUUCAGAAUCGACAAAAAAACACAGCAAUCAUUCCAUCCAACCCAUAAACUUUGUAAUAGGUUUUUAUACAUUUUGUAAUAGUCAAUUUGGAACACACACACAGUGCUAUUUGGUAAAGAACACAGAUAAAAACUUGAAAAAUAAACCAUAAAUCUAAAUAUAUAUACACAAUAUACAAAACCUAUGCAAAAUCUUAAGUAUACUACUAUUCGAUAACUAUAACCAAACCCAGAAACCUACCUAUCUACCUACCUACCGUUUGCAAACACAAUAAUGAAAAUGUUUGAGAGGGAUUUAAAUCAGACGAUUUAUUCCAACCAACUCUUGAACUGUUCCUACGAACAUUUUUUUUUUUUGAAAAUCCCACAAUCCCACAUACUAUUAACAUACGGCUGCCACCAAUAACAUAAACUUGCAUAGCACAUGCCAUUUUUUGCUAGAUCUAUAGUCCUUCUAACUUUCCGAUUUAUUCUCAAAUCCUAUGAAAAUAACUCCGAUGCCGCCAAAACAUUAAAAAAAAGUAUUAAACGCUUAACGAUAUAUCGAAAAAUGUCUUCAACUUCAUUACUUUCUUUGGACAUAAGAAAAAGAAUUUGGAUUUUUUAUUUGUAUUGUGAGUUACGUUUAAGCUAAUUUUGUCAUUAGAAUAUAUGGUUUUUUUAAUUAUUAAGCGGUAAUUUUGCUUAAAAAGGAUUUUUUUUGGAAAUUUUAAAGGUUAAAAGUUGACUUUAUUCUUGAAAACAUUUGGCAUUUCUUUAAUAAUAAAAAGCCCAUAAAUCGAUUGCACUAUUAAUCAGAUGUAUUACUAAUUCGAUUUCACUAAGUAAUCGAUUUUAUUAAAAUCGACUGCAUUAUGUUAUCGUUUUUAUUUAAAUCGAUUUCACAAUGUAAUCGAUUUUACAAUGUAAUCGAUUUCACAAUGUAAUCGAUUUCACAAUGUAAUCGAUUUCACAAUGUAAUCGAUUUCACAAUGUAAUCGGUUUCACAAUGUAAUCGAUUUCACAAUGUAAUCGAUUUCACAAUGUAAUCGAUUUCACAAUGUAAUCGAUUUCACAAUGUAAUCGAUUUCACAAUGUAAUCGAUUUCUUCAAAGCGAAAACAGUGUGUUAUCGAUUUAUUCUAAUCGAUAUCACUAUGUAAUCGAUUUAUUAUAAUCGAUAACACUAUAUAAUAGAUAUAAAAAUGUAAUCCAUUUAUUGAAUUCGAAAACACUAUCGAUUUAUUCUAAUCGAUAGCACUAUGGAUUCCACAAUGUAAUCGAUUUAUUCAAAUAGAAAACAUCGAUUUAUUCUAAUCGAUAGCACUAUGUAAUCGAUUUAUUAUAACCAAUAACACUGUGUAAUCGAUCACACUAUUUUAAUCGAUUACACCACUUAAUCGAUUACAAUAUAUAUUCGAUAACACUAUGUAAUCGAUUGCACUUUUUAAACGAUUUUAUUUCAACCGAAUAUACUAUAUAAUGUAUUUAAAUUCGAAUUCAUUGCACUAUAAAAUGGAUUUUUCAAAUUUUUUGCUCUAUGUAAUCGAUUUUUGUUAAAUUGAUUAAAUUAUUAAUUUGUUUUUUUUAUCAAAUCAAUAACAUUGAACUGGAUUUCAUUGUAAACCGACUAUGUAAUAGAUUUUAUUAUCAAUUCGAUUACACUAUAAAGUCAAUAAUCAAUUUUAUUUUUCAAGCGAUAAAACUAUAUAAUCGAUUUUAGUUUAAAAUCGAUUACACUAAGGAAUAGAUUUUAUCAUUUAAACGACAACACUAACUUAUAAAAUUAAAUCGAUUACGUUAUGUAAUCGAUUACACUAUGUAACAGAUUUUACAACAUUAUCGAAUAUACAAUGAAAUUGAUAUCACUAUUGGUUACACUAUUCAUAGAUUUUAUUAUAAAAUCGACUACAUUAUGAAAUCGAGUUUUUAAAAAAUUGAUUACACUAUGUAAUAGACUCUAUUAGCAAGUCGAUUAAAUUCUCUAGAUACAUUUCCCAAACCUAUUUCAAAAAUAUUGGAUUUUAUCAAAUCGAUUAUACUAUAUAAACGAUUUUUUUUACAAAUCGAUUAAAUUACACAAUUAAUUUUAUUAAUAAAUAGUUUACACUAGUCAGACUAGCUUUUUAUGAAAUCGAUAAUACUAAAUUAUCAAUUUAACCAUCAAUUAAUUUAACCUGCGUAGUCGAUUUUAUUAUGAAAUCGAUUAUAAGAGUAAUCGAAUUUGUUACCAAAUCGUUUACAAUAUGUUAUCGGUUUUGUUAUCAAAUCGUUUAUGUUUCGCAAUCGAUCCCUGACACUAAUCCAAUCCCAUGGCAGCCGGUUGUACGUACCGGAUUGACCCGAUGGAUUUCUUCAUUGGCAAGGACUGCCGCCUCAGUGUUUAACAUACUGCUGCGUGUUUGCCUUCAAAAGACUUCUUUGCUGGAGCUUAUUCAUCUGUUCUGACAACAUGACCUAGCCAACGCAGCCGUUGUAUUUUCGCCUACGUGAUCGAGUGCGCUUUCAUAUCGAAUAAAAUUUCAACUCGUAUUUAAUGGAAGUUGCACCACUUUUAGAUACUUCCAGUUUAGUUUCCUAUCCUCGAGUUCACACUUGAGUAUUUAAUCUUUUUAUACCCACCACCGAAGGAUGUGGGUAUAUUCAUUUUGUCAUUCCGUUUGCAACUUAUUGAAGUACCCAUUUCCGACGCUACAAAGUAUAUAUAUUCUUGAUUAGCUUAAAAAUCUAAGACGAUCUAACCAUGUCCGUCCGUCUGUCUGUUGAAAUCAUGCUACAGACUUUAAAAUUAGAGAUAUAAAGCUGAAACUUUGCACAGACUCUUUUUUUGUCGAUAAGCAGAUUAAGUUCGAAGAUGAAUAUAUCGGACUAUAUCUUGAUAUAGCCCCCAUAUAGACCGAUCCGCCGAUUUAGGGUCUUAGACCCAUAAAAUGCGCAUUUAUUAUCCGAUUUUGCUGAAAUUUGAAACAGUGAGGCGCAUUCAUUGUCCGACCCUCGACAUCUUUCUGCAAUAUGGCACAGAUCGGUCCAGAUUUGGAUAUAGCUGCCAUAUAGACCGAUCUCUCGAUUAAGGUCCAAGCCCAUAAAAGACGCAUAUAUUGUCCGAUUUCGCCAAAAUUUGGGAGAGUGAGUUGUUUUAGGCCCUUCAAUAUUAUUUUUCAAUUUGGCUCAGAUCGGUUAAGGUUUGGAUACAACUGCCAUAUAGACCGAUCUCUCGAUAUAAGGUUUUGGGCCCAUAAAAGGCGCAUUAAUUAUCCAAUUUCGCCGAAAUUUGGGACAGUGAGUUGCGUUAGGAUCAACUUUCUGCAAUUUGUACCAAAUUGGUCCAGAUAGCUGCCAUAUAAAACGAUCGCUCGUUUAAAUUUUUGGGACCAUAAAAGGCGCAUUUACAAUAUUAUCCGAUUUCCUAAUGCUGGCAACAUGUGGGAGGUACUAUACCAUUUGGUAUGGUAGCCUAUAAAAACUUCUCCACAAAGAGGUGUCGCACUGCGGCACAACGUUCGGGCUCGGCUAUAAACAAGAGGACCCUUAUCAUUGAGCUUAAACUUGAAUCGGACUGUACUAAUUGAUGUGUGAGAAGUUUGCCCCUGUUCUUUAAUGGAAUUUUCAUGGGUAAAUUGGCAUUGACAUUGACCUUUGAUUUGCACUGCACAGAAUUAAAAUAAAUUAAUGCAAAUAAUUCGUUUUCAUAACCAACAAAAUGUUAACGAUAAAAUAGAUAACAACAAGAGAUAAAUUGUAAUUUUUACUGGAAAGUUCUAAAAUAAAACCCAAAUCCAUAAAAUUUUAUGGAUUGGGUUUUAUUCUAGUAGUUAACAGUAAAAAUUAUGAUUUAUCUGUUGUUGUUAUCUGUUAUCGUCUCAUAUCGAUAACUAUUCAGCACAACUUUACACUGAAUUUCUAACCAGUACAUCUGAAUUGCAAUUUUCAAUUUUUGUAAAGUACUAAAAUAAAACCCAAAUCCAUAAAAUUUUGUAUUGAAAUCGAUUACGGUUCAUGUUAUCGAUUUUGUUAAUGGGUGGAGAGACUUUAUAUAAAGAGGAUUAUAUGAUUUUCAAAUUGAAAUCAUUUUUUAAUUUUUUUUUUUUUUGGUAUUCGAAAACUGUUUUCUAUGUCUUUAAUGAAUUUCCACUUUUUUAAUAAGUUUUUAAAUUUUUGUUUUUUUAAAUUUAUGUAAGGCCCAAAAAUACAUAACAAUCAUGUUUGUUUUUUGUUUUUCUUUUUUUAAUAUUGUUUUUUAAUUUGUUUUUUUAAUUUACCCAGAAAACCUCUUUGUGUAUAUUAUUUAACCUUUACUUAAUCAUAACUUUUUGAAAAAGAGAAUAUAUGAUUUUAUUUAUCAAGUCUUCAUUUUAGUUUUUAAAACAAACCCAAGCAAAAUACAAUUUUUUUUUUAAAUUCUAAAUUAUAACAAAAAAUUUCUUUAAAAAACCUUUGAUGUUGAAACAUAGAAAUUUAAAAAAAAAAUCAUUUAUCAUUAAAAACAAGCCGCCUCCUUCACUCAGCUUUUCAUGAAAUAGCAUACUCAUAUAUACAUACAUAGACUCCACAAUAAAAUACUAUUAUAAAUAAAUAAAAGCACUGUGAGUAUAUGAAAAUGUAUAAAGAAAACUACAAAAAUUUAUCAAAAUAAUUUUUUACUCGAAACCUCAAAAAGUUUCAAAGAAAUGGCUUUCGUACGCUUGGUAUAGAAAAAUAAGCUGAUCUUAAAUAUCAAACAGCUGUUUGAGGAAUUCAAGCAAAAUACAUUGUUCUAGUUAUAGAAUAAAUAAAUCGAGGUUGCCUGUAAUCCUCUAGAAAUCCCUUAAUGUUGUUAUUUAUACAUUUUCUAGCAAACACAGUGCAUAUUAGCCGCCAAACCCAGUAAGAAUUUGUCACUCGAGUGAAUGAGUUUCAUUCGUGUGCUAUGAAAAAAUCAGCUGAUUGUAUAUAUGCAAAACAGCUGUAUGUAUCAGGCAAAUGAAAUCACUUCACUCAAGUGACACGUGUUCAUAAAACCACUAACGAUUGGUUCGCCAAUUGAACGAAAUCAGCUGUUUUUCCUCUGUAAAGGCAGCUGUUUUUCCUCUGUAAAAUCAGCUGUUUUUCCUCCAUUUAAUCAGCUGAUUUCAAUGAGUUGGCUAACGUAUCGAUUAACAAUAUUUCAGUGAUUUUGACAGUUAGUGUGUUUGGCUUUACAUACAAAAUAUUUAAUUUCUUACUCCAUACAUCAAUACCACAAAUAACAAAAUUCAUACAAAAUCAAUCAAUAAAAUCCAGAUAUAUAAUCAACAAAUAAUAAAUAAAAAAAAUAUU